AUGGAAAAAUAUUUUAAAAGAAAGUUAAUUGCUAAGACAUCUCAACUUUGUUUUGGUGUCAAUGAUAAUGAAAACCAGCCUUCUUCAAAGAAAAAUUGCUUCGAAGUUGACUUGGAAAAUCUUCCUUUUGAUCCUGGAUUUCGACCAAGAAUUACAUUUUAUCAUCCUAAUGUUCGAGACCAACUUAGAAUGCGUUAUCUACAAAAGGGUCCUUGUCAACCUCGCAACCAUAAGUUUCCCAAAUCAAAAUAUGGUGAUCAUGAAAGAAGUUUCCAACGUUCUUGGUUUGACAAAUAUCCUUACUGGUUGGAAUAUAGUGUUGAGAAUGAUGUUGCAUAUUGUUUAUGUUGUUAUCUUUUCAAACUAGAUAAAGGUGAGCAAAGUGGCGAUGAUUCUUUUUUCUUAAUGGGUUUCGUAAUUGGAAGAGACUUGAAAAUUUUAAAUAUCAUAUUAGAGCGAGAAGAUUAUCGUAUUCGGUUGAAAGGAUCAAUUUCUGCUAGUCGGCUUCUUCUUCGGCAAGGAUUGCCUUUUCAUGGUCAUGAUGAGUCUGAUAAUUCAAUGAAUUGGGGAAACUUUCUUGAACUUUUACACUAUACAACUGAGCAAAAUGAAGAAUAUAGAUUAGUAGCAUUGGAGAAUGCUCCUGGACAUGAUAAAUUGAUUACUCCUAGUAUCCAAAAAGACAUAAUCAAUGCAUUUGCAGUUGUUGAAACCAUCAACAAACUAAUUAGUGAUCUAAGAGAUGCUUUGUUUUCUAUAUUAGUUGAUGAAGCUCGUGAUGGAUCCAACAAAGAGCAGAUGACAAUUAUCUUACGUUAUAUGGGAAUCGAAAUAUUGUUCUCUAAAUACAAUUUGAGCAUAUCAAGAUUACGUGGACAAGGUUAUGAUUGUGCGAGUAAUAUGAGAGUGCUUGAGGAUCUUACUGAAAAUUCUGAUAAUAGAGUUGAAGCAAGUGAUUUGGCGGAAUAUAUGACUUCUUUUGAUUUUUCUUUUAACUUGCACAUGAUGAAAAAAAUUUUGGGAAUCACAUUUGAACUUUCACAAGCAUUGCAAAGGAAGGAUCAAGAUAUUAUAAAUGUUAUGUCUUUGGUUCACUUGUCGAAAAGAAGAUUAUUGUUGAUCAGAAAUAAUGGAUGGGAUAAUCUACUUGAUGAAGUUUCUCAUUUUUGCAUUGCUCAUAAUAUAAAGGUGCCAAAUAUGGAAGAGAAAUUUGUUGCACGAGGGAGAUCACNGUUAUUCAUGUGGAGGGCUUUACAUAUCAUCUGUGAGCAUAUCUAA